ACACUGCUUUGCAUACUAUCACUUUGUUUUCAUUCAACAAAUUUCCCGUGAUCUCUCGGAAAAUAUUAAAAUUCGAGCAGAAUUUGAGGAGGAUUUCGAUUCGAGCCGAACUGGUCUGCCACACACCAUGCCCGCGGUCGAGGAGGCACAAAUAACGAAGUAUCUCUCAAAGUACAAAUAUGUGGGUGCCACCAAGAAGGACGUGGUGGAUGUGGUCUCCUCCUAUCGCAGCUUGACCUACGACCUGCAGAGAUUCGUUUUCAACGAUGGCAGCUCCAAGGAAUUGUUCACCAUCCAGGGCACUAUUCCCGUGGUCUACAAAAAUAACACCUACUACAUUCCCAUUUGUAUAUGGUUGAUGGACACUCAUCCGCAGAAUGCACCCAUGUGCUUCGUCAAGCCCACGCCCACCAUGCAGAUAAAGGUCUCCAUGUACGUGGACCACAACGGAAAGGUCUAUCUGCCCUACCUGCACGACUGGCAGCCGCACUCCUCCGACCUUCUGUCCCUCAUCCAGGUGAUGAUCGUCACCUUCGGCGAUCAUCCGCCGGUUUACUCGAAGCCCAAGGAACAAAUCGCAGCGCCAUAUCCCACAAACUCUUUUAUGCCUCAGCCAGGUGGACCUGGUGGCAGCAAUUCUUUUCUGCCCUAUCCCACUGCUGGCGGAGCUGGUGGCGGCAACUUUCCGCCGUAUCCCACGGGCUCCAACUUCGGACCGUAUCCACCGGCAGGCGCUGGACCAGCUGGGCCCUCCGGCUAUCCGCCCUACAUGAAUUUCCCGCAACCAGGGGGCGCUGGCUACCCACCAGCAGGAGGAUAUAACCCCUCCAAUCCCAGCUCCACGGGCACCAUAACCGAGGAGCACAUCAAAGCAUCACUAAUCAGCGCCGUGGAGGACAAGCUGCGCCGUCGCAUCCAGGAGAAGGUUAAUCAGUAUCAGGCCGAGAUCGAAACCCUCAAUCGCACCAAGCAGGAGCUGGUCGAGGGCAGUUCUAAGAUCGACACCAUUAUAUCGCGACUCGAGCGCGAACAGGUUGAUCUGCAGAAGAACAUCAGUGUGCUGAAGGACAAGGAGCAGGAACUGGAGAAGAGCCUGGAGACACUGGAGAGCGCCGAGGCCAUCGAUCCCGACGAGGCGGUGACCACCACGGCGCCUUUGUACCGACAAUUACUCAAUGCCUAUGCCGACGAGGCUGCCACCGAGGAUGCCAUCUAUUAUCUGGGCGAGGGACUCCGCGGCGGGGUCAUCGACCUGGAGACCUUCCUCAAGCACGUGCGCCAGCUGUCCCGGAAACAGUUCAUCCUGCGGGCCACCAUGCAGAAGUGCAGACAAAAGGCCGGACUGGCCGGAUAGAAUGGCCAUUUCUUAUUCGACGGGUUGCACGUUUAGACGAUUUAUAUGUUAGCAUAAUAUAUAUGUAUGUAUAUUCGAUAUUGUUUUAAGCGCAAAUUGAAUCUUUGAAAAUGGAAUUACAAAUCAAACCUUAAUAAAAAGAAGGCCUCAUGUACGUUCACGCCCACGAUCA